AUGUCCUAUCCAACAUCUGUAUCCGAUGCGGCCAUGGAAUUCCUCAUGACUGAGGUUCUACGAUACGUGGAAGAAUCUACUCCUAAAGAAGGUGAGACUGAAGAGCAAGCAAUUUUUGCCAAGGAAAUGGCCGCUGCCAAGAUGGAACGCAUGGGGUUUUCCGUAGGGUAUCGGUUGUGCGAGCGCAUGGCUCAAAAUCGAACCUUCUCGGCAGGUGGCAAAGAUCCAAGCAUGGCCGUGGCUGCAGCUCAAUUGGAAGCUGUCAAGUUUUUGUGUAAAGAAAUCUGGAUGGAAGUUUUCAGAAAGCAAAUAGACAAAUUGCAAACCAAUCACCGGGGUGUUUUUGUAUUGAAGGACAUGGAAUUAAGGUGGCUGACUCGACUACCACCAAACACCGAGACUGCCCGUGUUACAGCAAUCCAGUUAUUAGCGUUUCCCUGUGGAAUUAUUCGAGGGUGCUUGUCCAACCUUGGCAUUCCAGCUGUAGUCAGCUGUGAUUUCUUGGCUGAUGGUCAAAACAUGUCCGCGUGUUCCUUCAACAUUAAGAUAAAAUAA